AUAAAAUACACUAUAUUGGUAUGAUGCAGAAAUUUGCAGGCUUCUAUUUUUCUCUGUGCGCUAUUUCCUACUUGCCGUACGGUCUGCCUGAACCUCUGGGCGUUGCAUGAAGUUUACCCUCAGUCACAAAAAAGUUUGAAUGCUAGACUUUAAUCACCAUGCUGAUAUGUUUUGGAUAAAAUUAUAGAUAGUACUAAUGGCUGAUGUUGAUGGACAAGUAAAAACAGUAUCACAAAAGGCUGAGCAUAUUAAGGCAACCAUAUACCAAGCGAUACACAAAGAAUACAGUGAUUUCUUUCCAAGUAAAAGUCAAAACGAUUUGUUGAAGUUGGUGAAACCAUUACUUAAAGAUGUUCAAAGAAUAGAGGAGCGAUUUGAGAAUGAGGUACAGCCGAAAAUUCGUGCAGCAACAACGCAACACAAAGAUUUACUGGUUGCACAUAAAAACACAAAGGAGAUUGUAAAUCUGCUUGAAAAACUCUGUACUUGUCAUCGAGAAUUAUCAGCAUGCAAGAGUACUCCGUUGAAUCAGUAUGUGAAAUCUGCAAAACAUCUAGAAGUUGUGAAAAAAGAAUUGGAUGAGUUGUUGUCUAAAAGUUGUGAUGUAAAAAUAUUUAAAGUAGUGAGGAACGAAUAUGCUGAACAACAAACCCGAGUUAUGUGCCAUCUUUAUGAUGCAUGGUCAUCUUUAUUUGAAUGGUCAACAUCAACAAGUGCGUCAUGGGACUCAAUGGAGGGACAUUUAAAAACAUCAUUAAAGAUAGAUUUGAGUGGCACUGAUGUUCACACAGAUAGCAAUACAGUUGAGAUUAUUCAAGCUAUGGAUUCUAUGCAUAUUUUACAGCGACACAUGAAAUCAUUUGGCAAUGAACUUUAUACUUAUUUAAUCAAACCAUUGCUCAAAUUUCAAAAUUUAGUCCCUAUGACUCAAUCAAAACCAGAGAAUAAGAUACACACAUUAAAAAUUGGAAAGAAAAGUGGAAACCAAAAAAUUGCUAGGUCUCAUGUCUUACUUUACAAGAAGAUCAUGGAAGUUUUGCAGUUUCUCACCUCAUCCUUGUUUGCUGAAUUUUAUAAAGAUGCAGAAACACAUGUCGAGAUUAAUCCAAUGUCCAUAAUAGGUGGUUUUAUUUGGAAAGAGUUGUCAGAAACAUUGAUUAAUGAUCAUCUAGCAGCUGCUGUACCAAGCACGAACAGCCAAAUGGAAAAGUAUGAAUCAACAAUUAAGGAGACGAUACAAUUUGAGUUAGACUUGGUAAAACUAGGUUUUAUUACGGCGGGAACUGAUAAUUUAUCAAAAUAUGUCAAAGAUGUUAAUGUCCACUUUGCUAAUAAAGUAUGCCAGGACAUUUUAUCAGAAGCACGUGACUUAAUGUUUUGUAAUGUACACAACCUGAUUGAAGUGGAUUGCAAAGUUGAUCGAGCUGCUAUCCCGUUGCCAGCUGACAGUGAGAUACCAGUGAUGAGCAAAAAAAUCAAAAAUAUGCUAACUGGUGUCGAAGCGAUCGAUGACGAUUUUUUAAAUGUUGACAUGUUUGGCUUUCCACAUUGCCAGAUAAGCGACUCUGUUCAACGACUUGUUGACUUCAUAUACCAAACUAUGGUGAAAGCAACAGAAUCACCGUAUCCAAUGGCGUGUCAAAUCUUCUAUUCAUGCAGAGACACAUUUGAACUGUUUGUUAAUGUGGUACCAACGUAUCAUAAAGAAAACUUGAAACUUCCACAAAUGGCCGCCGUGCACUACAACAAUUGUAUGUAUUUGGCGCACCAUUGCAUCACAUUGGGUCACCAGUUCCGCAGUAGCUUACCUGGUCAGCUUAACUCGUCUAUAACUACGUUUGUAGAUUACGUCACUGUUUUGAGAAAGUGUGGCACUGAUUGUUUCUUGGAACAACUGCGAUGUCAACAAAAAGAAUUGUUAGCCAUGUUGGAUGCAUGUAACAAUUUCACGGAAUGUACAAGCGACGAGUCUGUUGAUAUCAUUAAAAGAUCAUUAAAUCAAAUCAUCCAUCACCUUACGCGAGUUGCCAAACAAUGGGAUCUAGUUUUACCAGUAAAUAUUUUCAAAAAAUCAGUAGCUGUUUUGUUUAAUACUGUUCUGGAAAAUAUCAUAUCAUCAGUUUUCAAAAUGGAGGAUAUAUCAGUGGACGAGGCAGGUCAGCUUCAUGCUUUUAUGAACAUCUUGAUCGAUCGUGGUCCUGAAAUUAUACAAACGUGCAGCUCAGAUAUCAUAGAAACGGGUAUAAUUGAACAUGUUCGUUCUUGGACAAAAUUUGAAAUGUUGGCCACACUUCUUGAAGCAAGUUUACAAGAAAUUGUGGAUAUGUGGCAUGCUGGAGAGGGAGAACUUGAGAAGUGUAUGACCGAAGGAGAAGUUCGAACAUUAAUACGUGCGUUGUUCCAAAACACUGAGAGACGUUCUCAAGCACUCGCAAGAAUUAAACACAAAACUGAACGUAGCUAGACAUGAUGACGUAAUGGAACCUAUUGUUGGAUCCAUAAUUGCGGAUGUGGUUUGUAAACAAAUCCUGUUUUGGUGUUAUGUACAGGUUUAUUAAGAAUCAGUUUAGUUAGGUGUGUGUAAAGAAUAUAUUACAAGUGUUAUAAAAAUAUGAAUAAAGUACUGUACAUUUAGUAGAUUUCAUAUAGUAGAAAAGCUAAUUCCCAAGUGGA